GCCAUGGAUCUCGGCGUGAUUCAUCAGCAGCGGCGGGGCGACCGCGGGGUGCCGCGCACUGCCCCCGCUUAGGCACGGCCGCAGCUGGGGCAGCCCCGCACCGCGCUGCCGGACGCACCACCCUCUUCCUCCUCUUCCUCGCCGCCUGAUCCUCUGCCCCCGCUGCUUCGCGAGGAUCCCAGGGGAAGCAAGAUGGAAGAAAUCCUGCGAAAACUGCAGAAGGAGGCGUCGGGAAGCAAGCAUAAGGCGAUCAAGGAGAGCUGCACCUGGGCCAUCGAAACCUUGGAUUCUCCAGAUGCUGCCAAGAUACCUCCAUAUAAGCUAAGGGAGAAGUGUCUCCUUCCUCUACAACUGGCUCUGGAAUCGAAAAGCAUGAAGCUGGCCCAACAGGCUCUAGCAGGGAUGCAGAAGCUGCUGUCUGAUGAGAGGUUCGUAUCCGUGGAAACAGACUCAGAUGAGAAACAGUUGCUUAAUCAGAUGCUGAAUGCUGUCAAAGUGACUCCUUCCCUCAAUGAAGACCUGCAGGUUGAAGUGAUGAAGGUUUUGCUCUGUAUAACAUACACCUCCACAUUUGAGCUGAAUGGCAGUUCAGUGUUGAAGAUUGCUGAGGUUUGCAUUGAGACAUAUGUAUCUAGCUGUCACCAGCGGAGCAUUAACACCGCUGUGCGGGCAACCCUCAGCCAAAUGUUGAGUGACUUGACUUUACAGUUACGACAAAAGCAGGAAAACAUGACAAUUGAAAACCAUGAUGCCUUGCAGAAAUUCAAGAAUCAAGGUACCUCAGCUGAGUCUCUUUGUGAUGAUGUUGUAUCUGUCCUCACUGUGCUCUGUGAGAAGCUCCAGGCUGUCAUAAAUGACAACCGGCAGCUUCAGCUUCUUUACUUGGAGUGCAUCCUCUCCAUGUUAAACAGCUCCUCUCCUAGCAUGCACCAGCACAAAGGAUUCACUGAUCUAAUAUGGAAGCAACUCUGUCCAGCCCUAGUGGUAAUCCUGGGAAAUCCAAUCCAUGACAAAACUAUCACCUCUGCCCACAGCAGCAUCUGCCUUGAGGCCGAUUCACUUUCCUCAGGGCUCUCUGACCAUGGCCGGGGUUCGGGCUGUUCCUCCACAGCGCCUGCCCUCAGCGGGCCCGUUGCACGGACCAUCUAUUACAUUGCGGCAGAGCUGGUCCGACUGGUGGGCUCGGUGGAAUCCAUGAAGCCUGUGCUGCAGUCUCUUUAUCACCGGAUAUUGCUUUAUCCACCGCCUCAGCACCGAGUAGAAGCCAUCAAAAUCAUGAAGGAGAUACUCGGCAGCCCUCGUCGGCUUUGUGAUUUGGCAGGGCCCUGCUCUUCUGAGUCUGAAUCCAGGAAGAAGUCUAUUUCUAAAAGGAAGUCCCAUCUGGAUCUUCUCAAGCUUAUCAUGGAUGGGAUGACAGAAGCAUGCAUCAAAGGUGGUAUUGAAGCAUGUUAUGCUUCAGUGUCCUGUGUCUUUGCCCUGCUUGGAGCAUUAGAUGAGCUGAGCCAAGGGAAGGGUCUUAGUGAAGAACAAAUCCAGCUGCUACUCCGACGCUCAGAAGAAUUGAAGGAUGGAACUGAGACAAGCAGAGACUCCAUGGAGAUCAAUGAUGCUGACUUUAGAUGGCAGAGGCAAAUCCUGUCCUCAGAAAAUCCUGUCUGGGAAUCAGGAAACGAGAAGAGUCCUGAUAUUAGCAUUAGCGUUACCACCGACACUGGUCAGACCACUUUGGAAGGAGAGAUGGGACAAACAACUCCAGAGGAUAACCCAGAAUGUCAGAAACCCUCACUGCCAUCUCCAGCUGUACAUGAAAGCAAAGAGAUUCAUUACAGAGAACCAGAGUCAGAAACCAUUGACCAGCCAGAUGUUGUUCAGAGAAGUCACACCAUAGUCUAUCCAGAUAUAACUAACUUCUUAUCAGUUGAUUGCAAGACCAGGUCCUAUGGAUCCAGAUACAGUGAAAGUAACUUCAGUGUAGAUGAUCAGGACCUUUCUAGGACUGAGUUUGAUUCAUGUGAUCAGUAUUCCAUGGCAGCAGAGAAGGACUCGGGCAGGUCAGAUGUCUCAGACAUUGGCUCUGACAACUGCUCCCUGGCUGAUGAGGAGCAGACCCCACGGGACUGUCCGGGUCACAGGUCCUUACGCACUGCUGCUCUCUCGCUGAAGCUGCUGAAAAACCAAGAAGCAGACCAGCACAGUGCACGGCUGUUCAUCCAGUCACUUGAAGCUCUUCUUCCUCGGCUUAUAGCUCUUCCCAGCAUAGAGGAGGUGGAUGGAGCACUGCAGAGCUUCUCUUCCACGUUCUGCUCAGGUAUGAUGCACUCACCAGGAUUUGAGGGAAACCUAAAUUUCAGCUUCCAGACUCUGAUGAAUGCAGACAGUCUCUACAUGGUCUCACAUUACACUCUGCUGCUCAACCUCAAACUGGUCAACUCGGAUUACUACAGGAAAAAGCCUGCCCAAGCCCCUGUGUCACUGAAGGAGUUCAUGAAGCAGGUCCAGUCCAGUGGAGUGUUGAUGGUAUUUUCCCAGACCUGGGUGGAAGAACUGUACCACCAGGUGCUAGAGAGGAACAUGCUGGGGGAAGCCGGCUACUGGGGAAGCCCUGAGGAGCACAGCCUUCCACUUAUCACCAUGUUAACUGAUAUCGAUGGCUUGGGAAGCAGUGCAAUUGGUGGGCAACUGAUGGCUUCUGCUUCAGCUCAGUCUCCUCUUUCUCAAAACCAGAAGACAGAUGACUCUGUUGUUGCAGGAGUGGCUUUUGCCCGUUACCUUUUAAUUGGCUGUUGGAAGAACUUGAUUGACACUUUGUCCACACCACUGACUGGCCGCAUGGCAGGCAGCUCCAAGGGGCUGGCCUUCAUCUUGGGAGCAGAAGGAGCCAAGGAGCAGAACCAAAAGGAGAAGGACUCCAUUUGUGUGAGCCUGGAUGGACUGAGGAGGGCAGCCCGGCUGAGCUGUGCGCUAGGAGUUGCUGCUAACUGUGCAUCUGCUCUUGCCCAAAUGGCUGCUGCUUCCUGUGUCCAAGAAGAGAAAGAUGAAAAAGAAAUCCAAGAGCCUAGUGAUACCAUAGCUCAGGUGAAACAGAAAGUGGAGCAGAAACUGGAGCAGAUGGGGAAAGUGCAGGGAGUCUGCCUGCAUACGGCUCAUGUUUUGUGUAUGGAUGCAGUCCUCAAUGUGGGCCUGGAGAUGGGAAGUCACAAUCAGGACUGUUGGCCUCAUGUGUUCAGGGUGUGUGAGUACAUCAGCACGCUGGAGCACACACACUUCAGCGAUGGGGCUUCCCAGCCCUCCCUUACGAUCACCCAGUCACAGCAGGCAACUGGAGGGCUGCACCCAGACUCCGAGCCUGGGGAAUCUCCUCAGGCACUGACCCCCCAGCAGGACACCACCCUCAACAGCAAUCCUGUCAUUCAGCCGGUUUCUAUCCAGGAACUCAUCAAGGAGAGCAGUAAGGGCAGAGCUUUUGACUUCCGUGGAGGCAGCCUGCUGUGUGGGACCAGUGCUGCCAAGGCUGUUCUUACACUCUCCACACAAGCUGACAGGCUCUUUGAAGAUGCUGCUGACAAGUUAAACUUGAUGGCACUGGCAGGCUUCCUUUACCAACUCAAGAAGGCUUCUCAGGCCCAACUUUUCCAUUCAGUCACAGAUACAGUCGAUUACUCCCUAGCAAUGCCAGGUGAAGUAAAGUCCACUCAGGACAGGAGAAGUGCACUUCACUUGUUCCGACUUGGUGAUGCCAUGCUCAGAAUUGUGAGGAGUAAAUCUCGCCCAUUGCUCCACCUCAUGCGCUGCUGGAGCCUGGUUGCACCUCACCUUGUAGAGGCUGCCUGUCAUAAGGAAAGACAUGUGUCUCGGAAGGCUGUCUCCUUCAUCCACGACAUCCUUACUGAAGUGCUGAUGGACUGGAAUGAGCCUUCUCAUUUUCACUUUAAUGAGGCACUUUUCCGCCCGUUUGAGCAUAUAAUGCAGCUAGAACUGUGUGAUGAGGAUGUCCAAGACCAGGUGGUCACCUCUAUAGGGGAGUUGGUGGAAAUGUGUUCUACUCAGAUCCAGUCAGGAUGGAGACCCCUGUUCAGUGCCCUGGAAACAGUGCAUAGCAGCAGCAAGUCAGAGGUUAAAGAGUACCUUGUAGGAGAAUACUCUAUGGGGAAACGCCAGGCUCCCGUGUUUGAUGUCUUUGAGGCAUUUCUAAAUACAGACAGCAUCCAAGUCUUUGCCAAUGCUGCCACCAGUUACAUUAUGUGCCUUAUGAAGUUUGUCAAAGGACUGGGGGAAGUAGAUUGUAAGGAGAUGGGUGACUGUGUGCCAGGAUCAGGAUCUGCAUCUACAGACUUGUGCCUUCCCGCGCUUGAUUACCUCAGGAGAUGUUCUCAGUUGUUAGCCAAAAUCUAUACAAUGCCCUUGAAGCCCAUCUUCCUCAGCGGCCGUCUGGUUAACUUGCCCCGCAGAGUGCAGGAGCAGUCAGCCAGCAGUGAGGAUGGCAUGGAGUGCAUCCUUUCUGACUUCGAUGAUGACACUGGCCUUAUCAAUGUCUGGAUUAUUCUCUUGGAAGAACUAACAAUUGCCAUAUCCAACUGUCCUCGUCAGCACCAGCCUCCUACCCUGGAUCUGCUCUUUGAAUUGCUAAGGGAUGUUGCCAAGACACCUGGCCCAGGAUUUGGCAUUUAUGCAGUUGUACAUCUUCUUCUUCCCACGAUGUCUUUUUGGCUCCAUCGGAGCCACGGUGACCAUUCUUACUGGGAUGUGGCAUCUGCUAAUUUCAAGCAUGCAAUUGGCCUUUCCUGUGAACUUGUAGUGGAGCACAUUCAAAAUUUCAUACACUCAGAUAUUGGCUAUGAAAGUAUGAUCAAUACUAUGCUGAAAGAUCUUUUCAAGUUGCUGGUAGCCUGUGUAGCAGAACCAACAGAAGUUAUUUCCCGAGUUGGCUGCUCUUGUAUCAGAUACGUGUUAGUAACAGCAGGGCCUGUUUUCACUGAAGAGAUGUGGAGGCUUGCAUGUUGUGCCUUGCAGGAUGCAUUCUCUGCCACUCUGGAGCCAGUAAAGAACCUGUUGGGCUAUUUCCACAGUGGCUCUGAGAGCUUUAGUGGAGAUGCCUGUGAAGUGAAGGUGGCAGCUCCCUCCCUCUCGCCAAGUGCUGAAGCUGAAUACUGGAGAAUCAGAGCCAUGGCACAACAGGUCUUCAUGCUGGAGACUCAGUGUUCCCCAAAGACUCCCAGCAACAAGGAAGGGUUUGAACAUGCCCAAUCAUGUGUGCUCAUCAUUGACCUGCCACCAGAUAAGAAACCAAAUGGGCAUACCCAGAGAAGUAUUCCUUUCAGGACAAUAGUGGUGAGCUUACUGUCCCACCAAGUACUGCUCCAGAAUUUAUACGACAUCUUGCUGGAAGAAUUUGUGAAAGGUCCUUCUAACUUCGAGGAGAAAAUGGCAAUACAAGUACCAGAAAAUAAGUUGGCUGGUUUUCUCAGGUACAUCUCCAUGCAAAACCUGGCUGUUAUCUUUGAUUUACUGCUGGACUCCUACAGAACAGCCAGAGAGUUUGACACCAGACCUGGGUUGAAGUGUUUGCUGAAAAAGGUUUCUGGCAUUAGUGGAGCUGCCAACUUGUAUCGCCAGUCUGCAAUGAGCUUUAACAUCUACUUCCACGCUUUGAUCUGUGCGAUCCUGACAAACCAGGAGAACAUCACUGCAGAGCAAGUGAAAAAGAUCCUCUUUGAAGAUGAUGAGAGAAGCACAGAUUCGUCACAGCAGUGUUCUUCAGAAGAUGAAGACAUUUUUGAGGAAACUGCCCAGGUCAGUCCCCCACGAGGGAAGGAGAAGAGACAGUGGAAGGCUCGGAUACCAUCUCUGAGUGUGCAGCCUAUCAGCAACGCCGACUGGGGGUGGCUGAUCAAGCGGCUCCAUAAGCUCUGCAUGGAGUUGUGCAACAACUACAUCCAGAUGCAUUUGGACCUGGAGAAUAAUGUGGAGGAGGCUCCAGUGUUCAAAGGUGACUCUUUCUUUGUUUUACCAUCCUUUCACUCAGAAACCUCCACCCCAUCAACUGGAGGGCAGUCUGGGAAGGACACCCCAUCAGAAGAUGACCAGAGUCAAAUCAGGGACCAGCUGGCAGACUGUCUGACACCUCGAGGAGGGAGUGGGGAAAUGCUGCUGCUACCCCCUCCCCUAAGUCCUAAACCAGAGAAAAAAGAGCAAGCCAGGAAAAAAGAAUGGUGGGAGAGUGCUGGCAACAAGAUUUACACUAUAGCCACUGACAAAACUAUCUCCAAGCUCAUGGCAGAAUACAAGAAAAGAAAGCAGCAACAAGCUAUGACAUCCUUCACCAAAGAGGUCAAAGUGGAAAAGAAAGGGGAGUUCAUGGGUUCAAGAGGGCCUGACUCACCCAUACUCCAGCGGCCACAACAUCUUAUAGAUCAAGGUCAAAUGAGGCAUUCAUUCAGUGCUGGUCCUGAGAUCCUGAGACAAGAGAAGAGACCACGCUCAGGAUCCACAGUCAGCUCCCUGAGUAUAUCUAUUAGGGAUGCUGAGGCCCAGAUACAGGCGUGGACCAACAUGGUGCUGACAGUCCUCAACCAGAUUCAGGCACUGCCAGACCAGACUUUCGCAGCCCUGCAGCCAGCAGUGUUCCCCUGUAUCAGCCAACUGACUUGCCACGUCACAGACAUCCGCGUGCGCCAGGCAGUACGGGAAUGGCUGGGAAGAGUGGGACGCGUUUACGACAUCAUCAUUUAAACCUAGCUGUGGGCUGGUGCAAAGGGGACAAGACAUCCAAGGUAUACAGCUAAGAAGCAUUUGGGGUUCAUUAAUUGCCUGUUUGUUGGUGAUCAGUUAAGAAACAGUGAGCUUGUCAGUGUAUAUCCUCUAUCCACUUGAGACUGUGUCCCACUCACUCACACUAGCGAAGGAGGCAAGGCAUAAGCAUGUCCAGGGGAGUUUGGAACAGCCCCAGGCACUGCCAUUGUAUUGGGCUGGUGCCUUAAGAAGUGACAUAUCUCAACAGCCUUUAUUUCAAUUCAUAUUUGCAACAGUGGAGCCACACUAAACCGCAGCAGCACCUGCACAUGUGCAAUUAGCUGCAAAUGCAACUGUCAUCUGUUAGUCAAACCAGGCCAGCAAGCCUAUGUAACUUCUCUGAAAGAAAAAAGGCUUGGGAAAGGUGCAACUGUAGGACAAAUAGAAAGGACACUUGUUUAGGAUAACACCUUUCCUCUUCUGAGAUGAGCAUGAAAGAUAAAAGCUAGUAAGAUAGUUGCAGUAACUAUAUGCCCAUUCACCAGAGAAAGUGCAAGUUUAUUUUGAAGCCUGGUUACAGCUUGGGUCACUAUUAAGUGACUAUUAAAGUAUCCUAGGUCUAAAACCGGUGAACUUAGUACAGAGUAGUCAUCCUUCCACUGCUUGCGUGGAGUGUGGCUUGAGGAGAAACAGCACUGGCAAGCUGCCCUCUUUACAAAUGCUGCUCUGGCUGCCUCUUCAGCUAUACCAACAGCUGAUCAUUUCCCACUCGUCUAAUUCCCCACUGAGGGCAAGAAGGAAGCUUGCUUUGCUGUUUCCUGUGAAGUUCUGGGGAAGGCACAGCACAGAGCAAAUACCAGCACAUGCCAAUAUCCAUCAUUCAAGUAAACAGUAGAGAGAAGUGCUCCAGUCUAAGCAACACUGCAAAGUUAGCUUAUGCUUCUACUGGACAUUUGUUUGCUUAUAUGGAGCUGCUGUAGCCAGGAACACCUUUAUCACCUGUGGUAAACCCAGCCUAUCACUCCACAACUGAGCUGAAGUAAGAUGGAAAAUAGUUUGGAAGGAGGGCAUGCUUCCUCUUCUGUUUCUUGCCUGCUGUUUUAAAUAGAGAGGGCAGAUCCUCAUGGAGGCACUUCCUGCUCUGUGCAGCACUCACAGGGACUACCGCAAUUUGCUGCAACUAUAGAGGAGGAGGAGAAGAUUGACUAUUGUGUUAUCAAAUACAUAUGCAGAGCUCUUCACACUGAGUGCAGCAAAGGGUUACCUUGCUGCACAUGUUAGGUCACAGCCCUGGGAUUUUCCUUCUUGUACUCCCAUACUAAAGAAUUGUUUGAUUAGAGGUUGAGACAAUCUGCUGAAAAUUAAGCUUCUUUUAAUCCUGGGUGACUCCUUAAUGUAUUUUCCCAAGGCUUUUAAAACGUGCACACCAACUAAAUACACAGCUUCAGCCUCUGCUCCAAAGCAUCCUCAAAAGGGCAUCUCUCUGUAUCACAACUGCUUAUAGCAUCUUAAACUUAGAAAAAGAGGGAGCCAAGAGGUUCCACUGAACAGCCACCACCCAAGCUGAUGUGUUUACAAAGAGUCUACCACAAUCCUCCUGCCUUUUCCCUCCUUCCUUCCUUUUGCACCCACAAACCAGACACCAGUACCUACCAAAGUGAGGAGUUGGUGUAACAAAAAUUACUCAGCACUCCUUCCAACACAAUUAAAUUACAAAUUCAGAUGUCAGUCAGGAUUCUACCACUUUAAUCUUUAGGAAUAUUCUUUCUAGAAAGAUAAGCCAGAAUGUUUAUGCAUGCAUAUAGAGGAGAAAUCUCCCACUCAAGGGUACCCAAAGGAGUACCUCACCAAAGGAGGGGGUGAGGACUCAGUCUGCAGAAGUAUCCUUAGAUGGUGUCUCAUUCUAAAGGGAGAGGAUCUGAAUAAGGCUGCUUGCAUUAAGGGGAAGCAACUCAAAAUUACUGUAGUAGGACUCCAUUUCUAUCUGAGUCGAGAGUGUACUAAUCAGUUGGAGGGCUGAACCCACACACACAACCACGCAAAAGCAGGGUAAGAACUUGGGCAUGGAGAGUCUGAUUAACAUCUGAGAGGAAUCACGCUGAUCUUUGUCACCCUAUAGCAAGCCUCAGCUCUUGGUCAAAUGUCUGUCUGCCAGGCUGUUGUGUUUCUGUCAGAAUGAUUGUAUCUGCCACCCCUCCAUUGCCCACUUACCUGCUAGACUUGUGCAGGCCUCCCCUUUCUUUUAAAACUGACCUUUGCUACACUGUUUCAAGGACAUAAAAAAAGUCCAUUAAACCAACCCUUUCUUACUAUCUAUAUUGAUUUUAUACAUUAGUAAUUUAGCAGUCUUAUCAAUUGUCAGUUUUCUCCCAACAGUUUUAUACUUCUUUGCUGACAGAGGAAAUUAGCUCUUGGUAUGUGAGGGAGUAGCAGCAUGGUUCAGUUUCUGUUGCCAUGUCUUUCUUACACAUCUUUAGGUAAAGAAAGGUUAUAAUUUUGUAAGUUUUUAUUGGGCACCUAUGCAGAACUGGGGUUUAAGCAGCACACUUAUUAGGCAACAAUAGAAAUCAGAAUAGUAAAUUGUAUGAGAAGCACCUACCUGUUGUUUUCCAUUAUACAUGCACUGAAUGGGUGCAGAUCAUUUCUGUACUAAUCUCAACCAAAUCCCCAAUUUUUGUUGGAGAAGUAGAACUGAUAGCAGUACCAAUGGCAUCACUCAGGACUCCAAACGAGGGCCUGGUGUCUAGGAAACACUGUGGUUGUAACACAAAAUCCUACUAUGAAACAGCAAGGAGUGACAAUAGCUCCCCCACUCAGCCUUGAAGCACAUGAAGGCAGCACAGCACAGCAUUACUUAGUCAUAGAAUGGUUAAUUCCAACUGUUUACAGUUCAAAUGCCAUAAUGGAAAUGAGGAAUAAAUUGUCUGUACUGCUGCUGCCCUGCUUUAGACACUGCCCUGCAAAUUAUGCACCAAGUGCCCAUUGUCAUCCUCAGUGCCUCUGCUUGUUAACACUCCUCCAUAGCAAUGAGUAAAGCCCAGUAAUUCCAGAAACUUCAUUUAAAAUCUUUGAAGCAGGAGGCUUUACCUAAGCAAAGUUUAGCACAUGCUGCACUUCCUUUUCCUUGUAUGGCAAGCAGGUGAGGAGAGCAGAGGAACCUUUAAUCUGAGAUGCAGCAGCUUUCUGGUGCCAAUACAAUUUAAAAUGGAGCUAGUUCACCAGAUCCUUUUUGCUAGCCAUAGACAUCAGCAAGGCCCAAAGGACAACAACACUAAGCAUGUGAAGUCACCAUUUCGUAGACCUGCAGUCUGUUCCAUGUGUCUUUUGGGUCUGGGUUUGCCGUUGUGCUACCUUCAGGCCUCACAAGCUUUUAGCCAAAAGGGGCUAUCCCAGGGAAAGGUUGCUGGCACCAGCUUAUCCUAAGCUUCAGAAGGGGACUCUCCUACUCUGAACACCCCCUCCCUGUCCAGCUGUACCAUGCUGCUUUCCCCUUGUGGGUGGGGAAGCGCCUCAGUAGCACAAAGCAUAGCCUCUGUAUCCAUGUAUAAGUCCUUCUCACAUAUCCCAGUCCAAUCCUUCCUCAGCCCCAUAAUGCAAAGCAUGAGCUAAGAGCAGCAUUUGAGGUUAAACCAGAACAUUGGAGCUUUGAAAAACCAGAGUCUGUGCAUUACAACCUGAGCUUUCUCUUUCUGUUUGCUCCAGUUAAUGACCACAUUCUUCUCUUAGACUUAGGGUCUUUUUUAUCAUAGAAAUGUCUCUAGGAAUUGGGGUUGAUUGUUAUUAAACUGACCAAUUCUUUCUUUUAAACUGCCACUAUUUUUUAUUUAACUGAAUGACUUGAAAAGAAAAAAAGAAAAAAAAAAAAGUUUGGUGAUUUAACAUCCUUCUCAGGUACCACUGCUGCAUCUGCCUCACACCACCCUCCUCAGUGUCACCAGAGCAAUCAGAGGCAACAACAUAACCUUUUAAAAUCCUGUAGGGAGCACAAAUUGAGAAAGCUGCUGUUGGCCAGCGUCAUGUACCUUUACACCCACAGAAUAGCUCAUCACUAUGCACAUAUUUAUAGCUGGGAAAAAAAAGUAGGAUGCUCAUCAAAAAAGUGUUACUUUUCUUCAAAUCACAGAAUCAACCAGGUUGGAAGAGACCUCCAAGAUCAUCCACUCCAACCUAUCACCCAGCCCUAGCCAGUCAACCAGACCAUGGCACUAAGUGCCUCAUCCAGGCUUUGCCUGAACACCUCCAGGGAUGGUGCCUCCACCACCUCCCUGGGCAGCCUAUUCCAAUGCCAAUCACUCUCUCUGGCAAGAACUUCCUCAUAACACUCAGCUUAUACCUCCCCCAGCACAACUUGAGACUGUGUCCUCUCAUAUCAGCAUAAAUUCACAGUACAGAAUUAAGAGACUGCCAUCCUCUAUACCCCUGCUAGAAAAUUCCACAAGAACCAGUGCAUAUUCCUGUGCAUCCCAGAGCCCCAAACCCAGAACCUUUGCUUUGGCUCAGAUACAGUUUUAACAUGUAGAAUGCAGCCCAGAGUAAGCCAAAGGAGUUUAGUUCUACCUUACUCAUCUGUGCAGAAGCUAAUUCAGACACUGAUUACCUUCAGUAAUCCAUUCUGGUGAUGCUGUUCAGUGAAAACUUGGUAUUAAUUGACAAAAAAGUGAAGUGCUUCCUUUCCUCAUCCUUGCUUUUGUAUGGGUGUGCUAAGAUUAUGCUCAAGCAAGGUAUUUCCUCAUGACUUGGGUAAUUCCUGGGACGAUGUCUGUGUGUGCAGUGCUAAUCAUGGUGUACGACUCAAAGCAGGGAUCUUUUCAAUUUGAGAUCAUUCUGCAGUUGUUGGCAGAAAUAAUGCACUGCUAUCAUUUAAAAACUCAAACCCAAGUUUAUCUUCUGUUAUGAAAGGACCAAGUUACUGCAGCACACAAGCACAAAUGCUGGGGUUUAUGCAAUGCAGAUGACACCAUCUGGCAGCUAUGAUCCCUCUUCACUGAACCUCUCCAUAGUUUGAUUAAAGCUUCUAUAGGGAUACAGGCUAUGAGUCUCUUAGCAACCCUCACCAGCAGCCUGCCUGGGAUCCCAGCAAGUUGUACAGCCGCAAUGAAGAAUUUGUAGUUCCUCUUUCUGUUGUUUCCACGAGUUCCCCUCAGAACAUAAACUUCUAUGUGAUGCAAAGUGUAUGAAGUCAUACUAGACUAACAGCUUUGGCCAAAUGUGGAGUGCUGGCUAGUAAAAAAAUAAGGGGAAAAAAAAACAGAGGUUAUGAGUGUGCAUCACAUCCUGGGUUAAUGCAAUAAUGAGCUUGCUUGUGGGACCAGAUCCCUCAUUACUUCUGGCAGAUUUGCCAGUUGAUGCUUUCACAGUCUCCACUGCCACACUGGAUCAGGGAAUUCAGGUUAUGGAAGACUUUUUUGUUAAGAAACAUGGCAACAGGAUCUAUUUCUACCCUCUUAGUCACUGUUCAAAAAGAUCAGGUACUUCCAUAAAUACCAUAGAUACUUGGAUACCAUGGAGCAUCAAGACGCUAUUCCCUACCCAAACAUUUGGUUCAGCUGAGCUGUGCUUAAGUGCCAUGCUUCCACAAGAAGCAAGCUGAAAGGGCUGAGCUAACAGAGACACAGAGGUGCACAGGUUUAAGCAAGGGACACACAUAAAAUGCACAAGGAGGCCAUGGCUCCUUCAUCCCCUAUGUGCAGAGGAAAGCAGGAUUCGGUACCAAAGGGAGAACAGCCAGAAAGGGCAGAGGCUGGUGGUGACAGAGCCCUGUACUGCACAUUAUUUGCUGGAGCAGAUGAGAGCCAGAGAUGGAAAAAUGUGCAAUGACAGCAGUGAGCACCUUGCAUCAGUUCCUUCCACUUUCUCCUCUCACACCUAUCCCCCUGCCACUACUUUUGCUAUGAUUUGAGAGACUGCAAACAUCCUCCCACAGACUACAAAGAUGAUUAAGGGGCUGGAGCACUUCCCUGGGAGGAGAGGCUGAGGGACAUGGGGCUUUUUGGAGAAGACUUAGAGGGGAUCUAAUCAAUGUUUAUAAAUGUCUGAGGGCUGGGUGUCAAGAGGGAGGGCACAGGCUCUGCUCAGUUGCACCACAAGAUAACACAAGGGGCAAUGGAUGUAGACUACAGCACUGGAAGUUCUACCCCAACACGAGGAAGAACUUCUUUAUUGUAAGGGUCACAGAGCACUGAACAGGCUCCCCAGAGAGGUUGUGAAGUCUCCUUCUCUGGAGACUUUCAACACCUGCCUGGAUGUGUCCCUGUACAACCUAUGCUAGCUUCUAUGGUCCUGCUCUGGCAGGGUGGUUGGGUUUGACCUAUGGAGGUCACUUCCAACCCCUAAUGUUCUGUGGUCCCGUGACUCUUCACCCAGAACUAAGAACUGAAAGCAAGUCAAAGGGAGUGGACACUCCAUUUUGCCAAAGAUCUAAGCCUCUCCUGUUUGAACAGUUUGAAAAGGCAAGUUACUUAUUCCCGUGCCGAUGGCUGCUGCAGGAAGCAUUUCACCCCAGAACAUCAUUUCCAGGACUCCAUCUCUCUAGCUGUAUGUUCAGGAGGAGCCACCAAUACUUUUUAAGAGAGACUGUAAAUCAGCUUGUCAAGCAAAUGCUUACACUGGGUUUACCUUCUGCUGAGGUCGUACCUAGCUGCAAUUCCCUGGUCUCAUCCAUGUUUCCUCCCUCUGCCUUUCUGCUCUUUAGAAAACUGCCUCCCUGCCCUGUCCUGUUGUGCUGCUAGCUUUGUUUGGUCCUUGGGUGUCCAGUGCUCAGGCAGUCGCUGUCAGCUGGCUUGCAAAUUGUAUUUUGUGUAUAUUUUAUUCUGACUGAAUUCUGAGAUGGAAAUAUUUUAAAACAAAUUAUAAACUAUUUAUGUUGCUCGUGUUGGAGAAUAAAAAGAAAAAAAUGGAAAAAAA